CCCUCUCCAGGUCCUGACCAGGCUGGAAUGACCAACAGCUCUCCCUGGUGACCGCAAAGACCCAGUCAUCCAGUACGAUUCCCUGAACACACAGCACACAGCUGCUCUAGUGACCGGCUUUGAACCAGAACAGAGAAAUCUCCUCUGUCCUGGGAACUGAGCGUCCAGAUGAGGAAACUGAGGCCCCGUGAAGUGAAGUGAGUUACCCACGGCCACACAACUGGAUUAUUCUGGCUGCCGUCUUGACAAGGAACCGUGCGGGGGUGAGGGCAGACCAGAGGCCCGAGGAGGCAACCGUGUAGGAUCUCCUGGUGCGCCCCGCUUCUCCUGCUCAUGCCGCUGGGACUGGGGCGGCGGAAAAAGGCACCACCCCUGGUGGAAAAUGAGGAGGCCGAGCCCGGCCGUGGCGGGCUGGGCGUGGGGGAGCCGGGGCCCCUGGGCGGAGGUGGGGCAGGGGGGCCCCAAAUGGGCUUGCCCCCCCCACCCCCGGCCCUGCGGCCCCGCCUCGUGUUCCACACCCAGCUGGCCCACGGCAGCCCCACCGGCCGCAUCGAGGGCUUCACCAACGUCAAGGAGCUGUAUGGCAAGAUCGCCGAGGCCUUCCGCCUGCCCGCAGCCGAGGUGAUGUUCUGCACCCUCAACACCCACAAGGUGGACAUGGACAAGCUCCUGGGGGGCCAGAUCGGGCUGGAAGACUUCAUCUUCGCUCACGUCAAGGGGCAGCGCAAGGAGGUGGAAGUGUUCAAGUCGGAGGACGCCCUGGGGCUCACCAUCACAGACAACGGCGCUGGCUAUGCCUUCAUCAAGCGCAUCAAGGAGGGUAGUGUGAUUGACCACAUGCAGCUCAUCAGCGUGGGCGACAUGAUUGAGGCCAUUAACGGGCAGAGCCUGCUGGGCUGCCGGCACUAUGAGGUGGCCCGGCUACUCAAGGAGCUACCCCGAGGCCGCACCUUCACACUGAAGCUCACAGAGCCUCGAAAGGCCUUUGACAUGAUCAGCCAGCGCUCAGGGGGUGGCCGCCCUGGCUCUGGCCCACAGCUGGGCACUGGCCGAGGGACCCUCCGGCUCCGAUCCCGGGGCCCUGCCACCGUGGAGGAUUUGCCCUCAGCCUUUGAGGAGAAGGCCAUCGAGAAGGUGGACGACUUGCUGGAGAGUUACAUGGGCAUCAGAGACACGGAGCUGGCUGCCACCAUGGUUGAGCUGGGGAAAGACAAAAGGAACCCGGAUGAGCUGGCAGAGGCCCUGGAUGAACGGCUCGGUGACUUCGCCUUCCCGGAUGAGUUCGUCUUUGACGUGUGGGGUGCCAUUGGGGACGCAAAGGUCGGCCGCUACUAGGACUCCACUGGACCUCAUGUGAUGACCAGGCCCAGCCUGGGGGUCCCUAGAGGGACGCCACGGCCUGGGCCCGAGUUCUCCGCCUGGGCUGUAGCUCAGCAACCCAAGGACAGUGCAGAGCAGCAGCGGGGCCCAGCGCCCACGCCACCGGUACCACCCUCCUGGUUCCCAGCCUGGCUGGGCUCCCCAGCCUCCCUGUCCGGUUCCCACCUACCUCAGCCAGGCCGGGCGCCCUGGGGGGAUGGCCACAUUGGGCGGCUGCCCCCACCCCCAGCUCUUCCCACCGUCAGCUGCCAGACUGGUCCUGGGGUCUCCCUGGGGCCUCGGGUCCUGUUUGGGGACUGUGACCUCCCCAGGGAAUGCAGAAGGGGGGCAUCCCCCACUGCCAGCAAACGCAAUAAUACCGCCCCCCAAGAGGAGCCCUCCGUGUGGAUUCUGUUACCUCCGCAUCUCAAGAGCCUGCUGUGAACCCCUCCUGCCCUCCUCCCUCCUCAUGGCCGGGCCCAGACCAGAGUGGAGGGAGGGACUUUUGUAUCUGGAUCGCUGUCUUGAACAUAAAGAAUCUAUCUGGUAUUGGA